AUGACCAGAAGCAAGCACUCGAAGAACAGACAGCAGGCAAAGAAAGCGGCCGCAAAGUCCAAGAGUUCUCAGAAGAGCCCCUCUGUGGAAACGGUGGUAUUGGAUACACGCACUGAACAAGCCAACCCCAAUGCAUGCAGCGUGAGUGAUAAGAAUCGCCCGGUCCCCAGUGGCUAUGUGCCCAGGGCAACGAACGACGACGAGUGCAUUGUGUCGGAAAUUGUCUCGCUGUCGGAAAACGUCUUGCAUGAGAUUGUUCAAGCGCUGAAAGAGGACUAUGGUCUGGCAGACGAGGCGAGUAUCGAUCCUACGAUAGGCAGUGACGCGGGCGUUAUUGGGCAGGAUGAUGAGCUAAUCGACGAAUUGGCCGCAAAGGACAGGGCGCGGAAUGUAUCACCCGAGAGCUCUAGAGGACAGCAGAGGCAGAUGAGCUACAACGAAAUGGUCAGAGAAAACGCGAGGCUGCAAGCAAUGGUUAUAGAGCGGGAUUACAACAUCAUGCGGCUCCAGUAUCUGGUGUCAGCACAGCAGCAGGAAAUACACAUGGCACACAGCCAAAUAGCACAGCGCGACGCAUACAUGGUCAACGAGAUCCGGCAUCUGGCGAGUCGCCUACCAGUGCCAUCGGACGUGCAUAUGCUUCUCCAGGGGCUUCAGCGCCAGUACGCUCUGCGCGAAGAGCACUUUGCAUCAGUUGAAAAGGUGCUGAAGCUGGAGGCACAUUUGUGGCAAGAAAAGUUCAUCAUAGCCGAAAAUCGUGACUUGGCCAACGCAGAGGCAAUUCACAAACUUACUGAGAGCGCAGACACACGGUGUGCCGAGGUGCACAGGCUGAAGACUGAAAUCGCCUUGUAUAAGCAACAGGGCAUGGUCGCCAAGCAACGGCUUGAGCACUGUGUCCUGUUAUUGGAAACGCUGGUUGGCUGUAAUAAGGAUAGGCAGGAGAUGGACACUGUUCGUAUCAAGGAGCUGAUGGCCGAUGUUGAGGAUCUGUCCAACAUUAAGACAUCGAUGAUGGACUAUGCGCGCACAGCCAUGAUGAAGAGCCACAAGCUCGAGGAUUUGUGCCGGGCACUGCAGAUGCAGCGGAAUGAGUAUUUGCAGAAACAGAAACACGAGAAUCUGACUAGCACUGCUACCGCUGCAUCCUCAGCUGCCGCUACAUCUAUUGUUGCUGUUGCGUCUUCUGCUGUUGCUGCUGCGCCCCUAGCUACCGCUGCAUCGUCUUCUGAUGUGUCUCCGUCUUAUGAUGCCUCCUUGUCUGCAUCUUCUGCUGCCGCUGCAUCAUCUACUACCGCUGCACCCAUUUCUGCACCAAUUCUCACAACCACUCCUGCAUCAAUUCCUGCAUCUUCUUCGCCUGUGUCUGUGUCUGUAUCAGGUUGGAACCCGUUGACGCCAUCGGGCAAAACCCGUGCCUUUGACUACCAUUUUGAGUCAGAGGGGCCGGUGGUCGACUUGGAGCCGCUUAUGUCGCAGAUUCUGGCAGAGCACUCUCUCGGCAACUCGCCCCACCAGUGCGUCGUUGUGGGCCAGUCGCCACGUGUCAUUCGAAUGCCUCGUCGCCUUCAUUCCUCGACCAAACCCGCCUCUGACAGCACUGCGCUGUUGCCCACGUCUGACGUGUUCCUUGACGUCAAUGAUGGCGGUGGCGACAAGGACUCAGCGUCGCAAAGCCAAUCGAUCAGCCCACUAUUCGUCACAGCAUAUUCGACAGCAUUUACGUUUUCGUCUCCAUAA